CUUUAUGGACUAUACACUAGAGAAAAAGUUAAGACCUCUUUAUGAGGCACUCGACGAAGGACAAAAUAAAAUUGCCCUUCAGCACUGUACUAAACUUUUGAAAAAGAAUCCAGAUUGGCCUUUAGUUAAAGCUUUAAAAGCUCUCGUGCUUGUCCGUACAGGCAAGGAACAAGAAGCUUUUGAAUUAUGUGAGCAAGUUAAAAAAGUAGUUCCUACAGACGAAGCAACGCUUCAAGCUGUUACUAUGUCUUUAAAAGAACUCGGCAAACAUGCUAUGAUUGUCGAACUUUAUGAAAAUGCAGCCAAUAUUCAACCUAAAAAUGAAGAAUUUGCUAACCAUUGGUUUAUGGCCAUGGUACGCAACAAUGACUACAAGGGCCAACAAGCUGCUGCUGUCAAAUUACACCGUGUAUUUAAGCAAAACAAGUAUUUGUUCUGGGCUAUCAUGUCACUCGCUCUUCAGGGCGCUACCAACACACUAUCCUAUGUGUUAGCUGAACGUAUGAUGGCAAAAGCAUUAGAGGAAAAUCGUCUUGAUCAAGUAGAACAUAUGCGUCUCUAUCUAUUGAUUUUGAUGGAUCAGAAAAAAAACCAGGAAGCACUCAAGUUAUUGAUGGAAACCGAAUUGGGUAAAACAGCCCUCAAAGAUCCCGAAGUAUGCCAGAUUAAGUCUGAGCUGUUACGUGAAAAUCAACGUUGGGAACAAGUAUUGGAGAUGAGUGCAGAAGCCUUGAAAGAAAAUACAGAUGAUUGGUUCCAUUGGUUAGCUUACUUUGAAGCUGUAGAUGCAUUAAAAGAAAACGAUCAGGUUAUCCAAGACGCACAUACAUUAGUAGCCAAUUUGCAACAAGUCGAACUGAAUAAUAAGGUCCUGAAGCGUGGACCCUUUUUGGCUCAAUUGGAUUUGGAUCACCGCUUGUUAAAGAUGGGUAAACAAGACGAAAGCGUGGCAUUAGAUCACAUUGUUUCUUAUUUUGAACGUUUUGGAUCCAAGAAUUGUGCUUUUGAAGACCUCCAUGCCUACAUCUUGUUCUUAAAGUCUGAUAAUGAAAAGAGCAAGGCAUUUAUUGAACGCCUUGAACAAACUGUUCAACAGGUAUCUGACAAGUCAGGUCAAAUCAGAAAUGUGCACAAAAAAGCCAAUAUUCGCAAAAUGGAACGCUUCUUGGGUCUCCAUCUUGCAAAGGAUGUGGAAGUAGCCAUGUUAAUCGUCAAUGACCUAGUCAAGUUAUAUCAAGAGGCUUUACCAUUAGGUGAAGGACUUGAAAAGACAGAAGUACAAUAUGGCGAUGAAUUUGUGAUCUUGGCUGCCCAUAUUUUGUUGGAUUUAUAUUAUCAACAUCAACAGUUUGUGUUCUUGUUGCAGGCAACAGCACUUUUGGAAGUUGCUUUGGUCAAGAGUGUCUAUAACUUUCAGAUCAAACUACUUCUUGUGCGCAUGUAUACCAUGAUGGGUGUUUAUAAGCGCCCUUUUGAGAUUUAUCGUACAAUGGAAAUUAAGCAAAUUCAGUUUGAUACCAUGAUUCAUUAUUUUACUGAUAGAUACGCAUCUCUUGGUUGUGUGAGUGAGCUUGAAACAUUGUUUUAUGACUCUUUGUCUAUUUACAAAAGCAAUGAAGUAGAGACACCAGAAAUGCUAGUCAAAGCAUAUCAAUAUGGCACUUAUUCCAAGAUUCAAGAAUUCAUUGAGUUCCGUCGUCGCCUUGAUACUUCUUUGCAACAUGCCAUUACUCGCGUUGAACUAUUGCGUUCGGACUUUGUACACUCUUCUUUCCAAACCAAAUAUGCAGUUCAAUUCUUCCAGGAACAAGAUGUAUCUCAGCUCAUCUUAGACAACAAUGCAUUCUCUGAUAACCGAGACAUGAAGGUGUUUAUUAAUUACAAUACUACUGGACAACCUACAGCUGAAACACUCUCUAAGCCUGCCCAAAGCACAGACGGUACAUGGGUUCAAGUCAUGUCUUUUAUCUUGACAAUCUUGAGCGUGAUGUGUGAAACCAAAGAAUCCGGUAGAGACUUGACUAGUUUAGCUGAUCAAUUCAAGGCCUUGCUGGCACAAGAGGAUAUCAAGCAACACUUAACAGAAUCUGAGUUCUGGUUGAGUCGAUAUGUGUCUGAAUUAACAGAUGCUUUAUUGCUCAUCAAACAAAACCAAGAUGCAAAAGACAAAUUGACACAGGCUAUUGUCAUUUUGAAAGAUCAAUUAAGCAAAGUCAAUGCUUUCUCCGAAAAAACAUUAUCUUGGAACACUUUUCAUCAAAUUUCGACAUCUUUGGAGGCCUUUAAUUAUGGCUCCGUUAUUAUUGAGAUGAUCAGCCGUGCUUUAGGCCUUGGCAACAAAGAAGCCAAACGAAAAGCAACCGAAAAAGCAGGUUCAGACUCUCUCAUGGCCAGCUAUGUUGAACUUCAAGCUCAAGUCAAGACAUCUUUACAACAAAUCCAAACCAUUGCUCGAAAUGGUAAAGACUUGUUCAGAGCUCAAUUACAAAAGAAAUUAUACAAAGAUUUAGUGGAUGCUCAACACCCCAUCACCACUCUCAAGUCUACAAAGGAGUACCAAAAUGUAGCUGUUGUUCAUAUCAAGACAAUGAUUGCAAGUUGGAGUUUGUCUGUGGCACAAUUGUCUGAAGAAAUUGAUAGAAGAAUGCAAAAAUUGUAAUCCAUAGAAUAAAGUGA